AUGAGUUCGAAUAUGAAGAUACAAAAACUUAGUACAUCCUCAGAAGCAGCAGAUAUGUGUGUUUCAGAGAUAAUCGCAAGUCCCUCUCUGUCAAAGAAGGAGCUGCAAAAAGAAAUGAAGAAGCAAAACGACGCUGACUUGGCCCUUACUGGUAAAGUGAUUGCUUCCAAAGCAAGAAACUCUAAUUUCGUCUUCUCUCCGGCAUCACUCAACAGCGUCCUAACCAUUGAGGCUGCCAGUGCCAGCUCUGCUACUGAAGAACGGAAGGCCGUCUUCAACGAGACUGCUACCGUCGCUUUUGCUGAUGGAAAGGCGAAUGGUGGCCCUAAGAUCACGGCAAUCAACGGUGUUUGGGUCGAGCAAUCACUCCCGGUUGAUCAUUCGUAUAAAAAUCUUUUGGUGAAUGUCUUCAAGGCUACUUUCACUCAAGUUGACUUCAGGUCCAAGGCUGAACAAGUGCGUACAGAGCUGAAUAAAUGGGUUUCAGAUCAGACCAAUGGUCUCAUCAAGGAUCUUCUUCCUCAUGGAUCCGUUGAUAACAAAACGGAUAAGGUUUAUGGAAACGCAUUGUACUUCAAGGGAGCUUGGGAAGACAAAUUCAGCAAGUCAAAGACGAAAGACAGAGACUUUCACCUUCUCAAUGGAACCUCAGUCUCUGUGCCGUUCAUGAGCAGUGGUCAUGAUCGCCAAUACGUUCAGAGAUGUGGUGGUUUCAAGGUCCUUGUGCUCCCAUUUCGACAAGGCCUUGAUAUCAACCGCAGUUUCUCAAUGUAUUUCUAUCUUCCCGACAAGAAAGAUGGUUUGGAUAAUCUUGUUAAGAAAAUGACAUCAACCCCUGGUUUUGUGGAUAAUCACAAUCCGACAUGUCGAGUUAAACUUGGCGAUCUCGCUAUUCCAAAGUUUAAGAUCUCUUUUGGGUUUGAGGCUUCAAGGGCUUUCGAGGGAAGUCUGGUUUCAAAGGCUUUGUAUCAUAAAGCUUGUGUCGAGAUCGAUGAAGAAGGCGCUGAAGCUGCUGCUGCUACUAUGUUUGCUGUGCCAAGAAGCUAUACUAAAGCUAGCGUUGAUUUCGUGGCUGAUCAUCCCUUUCUUUUCUUGAUUAGAGAGAACACAACGGGAACCGUUUUGUUUGCUGGUCAAAUCUUCGAUCCUUCCCAAUCUUCUUAA